CGAGGUUGAUUUGAGGAUCCAUAUCCUCACAUUCGAAUUCCUCACCCAGCACGGAACUUCACGGAGCACGUGUUUUAUUUAUAAGCUGAAAAUCAAGUUCUUUUAGAAUGUACAAGUUUUAAAUAAUUUCGAAAAUAAAUAGUGUAAUAUUUUUACUACUUUUCAGGUCAGAGGACUUUAUUCAAUUAACUCGACCAGAUGUCCAUGUUGGCUGAACCUCGUCGACGUCAAAAGAUUGGGCCUAAUCCCAGGGGCAAAUUUUUCACCGAAGAUGAGGAUAACAAGGGCAGAAGUUUGUUGCAGAAGAUGGGUUGGAAAUCUGGCGAUGGCUUAGGUGUUCAAAGACAAGGAAUCAAGGAUCCGAUUAAACCCAAGAUACAUACUGAUGAGAAAGGGCUUGGGUUUGAUGUAAAAUCUGAUCCUUGGGUUUCCCACACGGACGAUUUUAAUGAACUUCUCAGGAAUCUACAAGCUGCCCAUGGUAAAGUGGUACAGGAAGAACCGAAAGCUGAACCUCUUCCGUCCUUCACUCCUGGCUUUGGAUUUCAAUCGGAUGAUUCAAAGUCGUCAAAAUCUUCUAAUUUAGAGACGUUAAGAUUUGAUUUAGAAAGUAAAUCCAAGGCAUCAAGCUCUCGAAUUCACUACCACAAGUUUGUCAAAAAUAAGGAUUUAAGCAAAAUCAAGGAUAAAGACUGGAACUGUAUUUUUGGAAAAUCCGAGGAGUCUGCAGAUAGUAACCGGAACGAAAGUAAUAAAGAAAUCAACGGACAGAGAGAAGUGGUGGUAGUGUCGAAAUCUUGGGACGAUCUAUUGGCUCAAAAAUCGUAUUGUAUCGAUGACACCAUCUCAAGUAGUAUUGGUAAUGUAGAAAAUGAGCAUUUAAACAGAGUUCAACGUUACAAAGCUCAAAUGAUGAGAUCAUUUGCAAUAUCAACACUUCCCGAGGAUAAACCAAAGUCUCACAAGGACGAAAUGCCGGUAGAAUUAGCUACAGCAAUUGACGACAUAAGUUCUAAAGAGUCUUCAAAAAAGAGAAAAAAGAAAGAAAAAAAGCACAAAACUGAGGAGGAAGAAGAUUCAACACCCGUUGCAGUGGUUCUUGAUAAUAAUCAAGAACUUUCAGAAAGAAAGAGGAUCAAGAAAGAAAGAAAACGACAAAAAUUGGAAGAGAGCAUACCAGAAGUUUGUGAAAUGGAAAUCGAAGACGAAGCACAUAAAAAGAAGAAGAGGAAGAAAGAGAAACUAAAAAAAUUGGAAGAAGAAGAGCAACCCAUUGUAGAAAUUCCUGAACAAACUGAAAUAGUCUCACCGAAAAAGAAACGGAAGAAAAAUAAACCGGAAUCUUCAGAAUGUUACGAUCAGGUCAACCCCGAAGGACCAACAGUUGAGAUACUUGGGGACAGAAAUCAGCAGGCGGGUGGAAACCCUAAAUUAAACAAUGACAGUGAACCUAUGAGUGAAUCAGCAGAAUCAGUUGAAAUUUCUGGCUCUGCGGAUGAUGAUGUCUUAUCAACUCCAACUGUUAACUUUAACAAACGUACUGUAUCUGCAGAAGAAAUGCAUGCAGCAGCAUUAGUAUUUAAAGGAAGCAAUAUUUUACAAAUUCCAGGUUACCGAAAUCAAAGCAGUAAACUGACAUAUGAUUGAUUGUAAUUUUAGAUUGUAAAUGUGCUUGUCUAGUAGUAGGAAAAUUAUCUCUAAUUUCUAUUUCAGUUGAACUGUGGUCGGUGUUUGUCUAAUAAAUUUUUAUGCUACUAAUUAA